AUGACCCCCGCAUGGCACCUUCAUGGCUUUAGCGCCCAGUUCCCUUCCCAAGAAAGCCCCCGCAGCACCACAGGUGGCAGAGAGCCCAGGAGCUCCCAGCCAGCAGAGCAUGGCUGGGCCUGGGGUGUCCGCCAGCGCCUUGCUGCCCAGCUCCAAGAGACGGGGAGGCCUGAUCCCCAGCACCUGGACGCGCUCGUGGCAGAGCUGGUCGCUGUGUUUGCGAAGGUGCUGCAGAGGAGCAGCCGAAGUGCCUGGCUGCACCUGCUGGAUGUCCUGCAGCUCCUCAGCCCCUUCCGGGAGCAGCUGCGUUGCCGGGAGGAACUGCUGCCUUACCUGGAGAGCCUCUGUUACCAGUACCGCCGCAGUCAGGCCCUCGUGUCUGACCUAGAUGUCCUGGGAGCCGUGGGCCAGGCCUUCCCCAGGGACCACUCAGAGCUGUGUGCCCAUCCACUUGCUGCACACGGCAGGGAUCCAGUGCCCCCAGCCAAUCUGCUCCCUGUUGGCUCCGAGCCAGCCUUUGCAGGGCAGCCCUGCCCCUUUGUCCUAGAGCAGGAGGUCGAAGAACCAGCAGCCGUGUGCCAGCCAGGCCCAGUGUCUUUGCAGGAGCUGCAGAGAUGUGUGGGUCUGGUGGGCAUGGAGCUGGCUCAGGACGAGACCCAGUGGAAAAGCGGCCUGGGCCUCAUGUCCCUCGCCCUUGGUACAGAGGUGCCUGUGAAGUAUUGCUGUGCCGAGCUGAGGCUCCUUCCAGACCCAGGCCGAGAGGCUGCUGCACCCGCCCCACAGGUGGUGGAAGGAGAGCAGGGCUUCUCCUGGCAGUCCCUGACAGGGCUCCGGGCUGCUGAGAUUUUUGUGAGGAACAGGCACCUGAGGAAAAUCAACUUUGUCUACCUCAACAUUGCCCCCAACAGGCACUUCAGGCCCUACGACCUGGUUGUGGUUCCUAAGCGCCAGGCCAACCCCCAGCACUAUGUCUUCUCCCCUUUUGGGGUACUCCACGUGCACCCUGAAGAAGGUGCUGAGGCCCUGACACUUGGAGAGUGGCACCGAGAGGCCAUGCUGUGGCAGCUACUCCAGUGCAUCCCCUUCUUCAAGCACUGCCUCGUCCGCAAAGCCUUUGCCCGCUGGUGGCAGAAUGUGAAGCACCUGCAGCUGCUGAGACGCCAGGAAGCUCUGGGCAGGCACCUGCUCCUGGCUGUGCCCCACUUUGGAGCAGCACUGCUCCACGUCUCCAGACUCCUGCAGGAGCUAAGAUCUGUACACUGGCUGCCCCAGGAUGACUCCAAAUGCUACCCCUUCCCGGAGCUACAGCGGGCCCUGGCCCAAGAGAACGGCCGUGCCCGAGGCCUGCUCAGGAGGUUCCUCACCCUCUCCUCAGCCAUUCUCGAGCUGGUGCGGGAUGACACAUACAAGACAGUGCACGGGCUGCAGACCCAAGUGCAGAGCUACAAGCUCUACAUCACCAAGGAGUCCCUGUAUAAGCAGAGAGUCCACUACAGGGACCUGGAGAGGAGGCUGAAGGAAGCCGAGUUCUGGAUGCAGAGGCUGGGCAGCCUGGCCCAGCUGGUGAACCUCCUGACCUGCCAGAACCUGGUCUCCAUCGUGCAGGAGGAGGUCACAGCGUUCGUCAGCAACGUCAUGAAGGUGAGGCAGGAAAGAGGAGGCUGGAGGCUCUGAGUGUUCCGCGCCCUGGGCCUGUCUCUUUCUCAGUCUGACAUUGGCAUAGAUUCAAAGAGUUGAAGGCCAGACAGGACCAUUAGGUCAUCUAGUCUGACCUACUGAUAGCUCAGGCCAGAGAUUCCUGCCCAGUUCCCCCUGUACUGAACCCAGUCACUUGUGUUUAGCUAAGGCAGCGGUCUCCAAACUUUGGAGGGCCAUGCCCCCCCUUACCCAUGUCCAUGCCCCUCUGAGCCGUGGCCGUGAGGGAUGCAGACAGGGUAAGAGAGCCGAGGCUGGGGCCACAGCCGGGGGUGGGUCUGGGGCCAGGGCCAGGCUGCGGUGGGGACUGGCAGCUGGGCCCACAGCCUGGUGCAGCUACGCUC